UCUCAUCUCGCUUGCAUGUGCCUAUCAUGGGCUGCCUUGAGUCCAAGCCCAAGGAAACUAAGCAUUCCCCGCCACCGGCGCCUCUGCCCGCGCCUCCCCCGGCGCCCCCGUCUCGGCCCUCUCCCCCGCAGACGCCCUCGUCUCUGCCCCCUCCAAUGCCUGUGUCCCCGCCCCCGUCUCUGCCCUCUCCUCCAACUGCGCCUCCUCCUCUCACGCCUACGUUGGAAAACUGUACCGAUCUUUUUCGAAAGAUCGAUAAUGCAGGCGACAUUGAUUAUUUGAUCGAUCUCAUCGACAAGCUGUUGGAGUCUCUUCUAAACAGGUCAAAACAAGAAAAGACGUUACAGAGAAGCAUUAGUUCAGAAAAUUACUCCGAUACACUCAAGGAUAGAGCGAAAUCAGUAUGGGCCUCUUUUCUCCAAAGUGGGUCUCUAUUCCUUGAAUUUGUGAAUAAGCAUAUUAAGGUGGAGAAGGGAGACGAAGGAAACAGACAAGCUGUCGUACAAAUAUUGGAAAAGGUGGCGAAGGUGCAUUGGAUAGUUGGAGGGUUAUCGGUGUUAGCCUUCUUACUAGAUCAAAUGGGUCAAAUCUCUGAAAACCGCUGUGAAUGCAUAGAACUUUUAAAACAAAUCAGUAAGCUUGCUGGACAUAUAAGAAGGUUGACGUAUGAUAUGCCACAAGAAUAUAAGAUAUUGAAUGAAGCGACUGUUUUGAUUGUUCAAGGAUCAAUGAUGUGCGCUUCUCAAUUGAAGUCUAAAACAUUUUUCGGGUUUUUGAAGGCUUACGUGGACUCGAAAAGCUUGAGCGCUCUACAACAGAAAAUAGAUCAAGUGUAUCGGGAUUUUACAUUGAGAGUAGCAAUAGAAAUACGUCAUAGCCAGCCAGUUGACUUCCCUGCAUGGAGGCCUAUUUAUCCAGAUUAUGCAGUUGGCAUCGAAGGGCAGAAGAAACAAGUAAUGAAGUUGUUGGAAAUGGAAACACGAAAUAAGUAGUCAGUGGCUGUAGUUAUAUGGAUUUGGGGGUAUAGGAAAGACCACCCUCGCCACUGCGCUUAUUGCCG